AUGACAGUCCCCGAGGUACAAUCCGUGUCGCAAAGCAACGGCGAAGCGCAAAAUGCGCCCGCCAAUGCCAACACAACACCGAAGCCGAAGUUGUUAGGGAGGGAAUUCUACAAGAGUAUAGGGAGUCCCAAGUAUAUUGUGGCACCCAUGGUGGAUCGAUCUGAAUUUGCCUGGCGCAUGCUUACUCGGUCGUUCAUGCCACCCGAUGAUCCCAAGCCUAUGCUUGCAUACUCGCCGAUGUACCACGCGCGUUUGUUCCGAGAACAAUCACAAAUGCGUUUGCAACAUUUCCAUCCCACUCGCGCUGCUAUCAAAGGCGAUGAUACCCCAUACUUAGACGGAAACCCCUCCAUAGACCGGCCGCUGUUUGUACAGUUCUGCUCGAAUAACCCGGAUGACUUCUUGGAAGCUGCGCGCCACGUAGCGCCAUACUGUGACGCUGUGGACCUGAACCUUGGGUGUCCCCAAGGGAUCGCAAGAAGGGGCCAUUACGGUGCCUUCCUUCAGGAGGAUUGGGAUUUAAUCUAUAAACUGAUCAAUAAGCUACACACCGAAUUGGAUGUUCCCGUCACCGCGAAGUUCCGUAUACAGGAGACAAAAGAGAAGACACUAGAAUACGCAAAAAUGAUACUAUCCGCCGGGGCGAGCAUAAUUACUCUUCAUGGACGCAGGAGAGAGCAGAAGGGUCAUAACACGGGUGUGGCGGAUUGGAGUUAUAUUCGGUAUCUUCGUGACAAUCUGCCUCCGGAGACAGUUAUUUUCGCCAAUGGAAACAUCCUGAACUAUGACGAUCUGGAGCGCUGCUUGGAAGAGACAGGUGCUGAUGGCGUGAUGAGCGCUGAAGGAAACUUGUCUGACCCAGCCAUCUUCAGCAAGCCUCCUCCAGUGGGAAGCGAAGGCAGGGAAUACUGGCGCGGCCGGGAUGGAAAGGGCGGAUACCGGAUCGACGCUAUCUUCCGCCGCUAUCUCGAUAUCAUCUAUAAAUAUGUCCUUGAACAACCUAUUCCGGAGAGGAAGCCUCUCUAUCUCCCGUCAGAUCCAGGGGAGCCGGAACAACCGGUAGAACCCGCCGCCGAGGAAGCUGAGGAAGAAGGGCCACCGAAAAAGAAGCAGAAACGCGACAAGACGAAGAGACCUACUUCCCCCAGUCUUGGGGUCAUGCAGGGACACCUGUUCCAGCUUCUGCGCCCAAUGGUGGCAAAACAUACAAACGUUCGGGAUGCGCUUGCACGGUCAAGGCCAGGCGACAUGGCUGCCUUCGAGCACACUCUUGCUCUUACUGAGAGAGCAAUCAGAGAGGGCCUUAAGGAAUAUGAGCAAUUCCCAGAGCGCUUUGAGGCAUCUCCGAACGAAGAGCUUACGGGCUCCAAGGCAACGAUUGCUGAAUACGGCAGACCUUGGUGGAUCUGCCAACCACACAUCCGGCCAUUGCCCGAAGAAGCUCUAGAGAACGGUGCCCUCACGGAGAAAGGGAAGAAGCCUAACACGAAGCAAGACAAGGCCAAGCCUGAGGCAUCUGCGGAGAAAGCUGACACCCCGGCUGCAGAGACCUCUGCUUCUGAAACCCCGACCAACACGGCUACAACACCGGACGCUUUGGUAAGCGGUUAA